AUGGCGCGCAAUUCCUUUGCCGUGACCGCGGUCGCCGUCCUGGCCGUGGUCGGCGUGGGCAGCUGCUUCCUGACCGGUCUUCCCCAGGGCUCCCAGCCGCCCCGCGCCGCGCCCAAUGCGGUCGAGCAUGAGAUGCCGCAGCCGAGCAUGGCCGGCAACUCCUGGGCUGCACCUUUGCUGAGCUUCGGCGCCGCCUUGGGUCUGAUCUUCGGCGUCGUGGCCGCCAAGCCCGCCCGCGCCAUCACGGCGGAGCAGUUCAGCCAGCUCACCUACGCACAGGUGAAGGGGUCCGGCUUGGCCAACCGCUGCCCCACCGUCGAGUCCAACGGCACGGAGGUCCCCGUGAAGGGCGGCUCUCGGCUCGUGAACGUGUGCUUCGAACCGAAGUCCUUCGCAGUGGAGUUC